UUCACUCUUGGGAGUGGACAGAUUGGAUAGCUCAUUGUCAGCUUUCACACCCCCCCUUUUUUUUCCCCUAAAGAAAUGCAGUAAGCCUAUAAUGCUUUCGUCUCGGGCUGAGUUGGAGACUUUCCCCUGUAGACUUGCAGAGAAAAGCAUGGAGUCAGGAACAAAGUGUGCCUCCUUGUAUCACACUAUGUAAGGGACUCUCUGCAGACACAGUGAGAGGGGAGACAGACCAUAUUAAGGAGAGACUGCCCUAUUAUCACCACAUUUUGUACUGCUCAGUCACUAGGUUCCCGGAGACGAGGACAGUUACUUGUGAUCUAUGGCCAUACCUUCCAGGAAAACCUUCCUUACUUAACGUGCAGUUCUUCAUUAAUAAGGUCACUUGAUUUGUGUGAACUUUGUUUCUAUACGAUUAGCCCUGUGCACCAGCAGCAUGGCUGUAAGUUGGAUAGCCGGACUUGUCACAGGCUUGGCAGCUCUUCAUUUUCUACAGAAGAGGUUUUUUCCAUACUUCUGGCUGGAUCUGAGAUAUAUGUUGAAAGUAAUCAGUUAUGGUCUGGAGCUUGAGAAGUAUAAAAGGAACGCUCAUGUGGUGAGUGUUGUGGAUCGCUUUGUCCAGCAAGCCCAAAACAUCCCUGACAAGCCUUUCAUAAUAUUCCAUGGAGAGGUCCACACGUAUGGGGAAAUGGAUAAAAGAAGCAACAGAGUGGCCAACUUCUUCAUGAAGCACACGGCGCUGCAGAAGGGUGACACAGUGGCUAUGCUGAUGAACAAUGAACCUGACUUUAUUAAUGUUUGGUUUGGAUUGGCGAAACUUGGAUGCCUGGUGGCAUUUCUUAACUACAACAUCCGAUCCAGAUCUUUACUGCAUUGCUUUCAUAGCUGUGGAGCCAAGAUCCUUAUUGUGGGAGCAGAUAUGCUUGAUUCAUUGGAAGAAGUCUUGCCAAAUCUACAGGAAGACAACAUUUCAGUUUGGGUAAUGGCUGCAGAAACUACUCUUCCAGGUGUAAAUACUGUCUUGGACAAACUGGACACUGUAUCUGAUGAACCUGUGCCCCAAGAGCUGCGCUUUGUCAGCAGCAUAAAAGCUGCAACACUGUUCAUUUUCACUUCAGGGACUACAGGUUUGCCUAAAGCGGCUGUUAUUAGCCAGCUACAAGCACUGAAAGGGGCUGCUGGCAUAUGGGCAUUUGGGGGCACCCCGGAUGACAUAGUAUACAUCACUCUACCUUUGUAUCAUAGUGCUGCUUCUCUCAUUGGGAUUGGUGGAUGUGUUUAUCUAGGAUCAACAUGUGUAUUGAGAAAUAAGUUCUCGGCAAGCAAAUUUUGGGAUGACUGCAAAACGUAUAAGGUUACAGUAUUUCAAUACAUUGGGGAGCUCUGCCGAUAUUUAUGCAAACAGCCUGUGAGAGAAAAUGAAAGGGAUCACAAAGUCCGCAUGGCUGUUGGAAAUGGUGUCCGAACUGAUGUCUGGAAAGAUUUUGUCACAAGAUUUGGAGAUAUAAAGAUUUGUGAGCUAUAUGGAGCCACAGAGGGUAAUGUUUGUUUUAUGAACCACACUGGAAAAAUUGGUUCUGUUGGCCGCAGCAAUUUCUUCUACAAGCUUCUCAUUCCAUUUGAACUCAUUAAAUAUGACAUUCAAAAAGAUGAACCAAUCAAAAACAAAGAUGGCUGGUGUGAAAGCGUAAAAACCGGUGAAGCUGGACUUCUGAUAUCCAGAGUGAAUCAUGCUAAUCCUUUCUUUGGUUAUGCUGGCAAUAAAAAGCACACGACCAAGAAACUGUUGUGCGACGUAUUUAAGAAAGGAGAUGUUUUUUUCAACACGGGAGAUCUGAUGGUUCAAGAUCAUGAUGGUUUUCUUUACUUUCGUGACAGAAUUGGAGAUACAUUUAGGUGGAAAGGAGAAAACGUUGCAACAACAGAAGUCUCUGAUAUAAUUGGAAUGCUUGACUCCAUACAAGAAGCCAAUGUCUAUGGAGUGGAGGUACCAGGUCAUGAGGGAAAAGUGGGAAUGGUAUCAAUAAUUCUGAAGCCUGGCAUGACAUUAGAUAUAAAGAGCAUCUAUGAGCAUGUUGUGAACGAUCUGCCUGGUUAUGCAUAUCCACGAUUCUUAAGACUGCAGGAAAACAUGGAAAUCACUGGGACAUUCAAACAACAGAAAUUUCGUCUUGUGGAGCAAGGAUUCAAUCCGUCGUUAAUAUCAGAUCCACUUUACUUCUUAGAUGAUUCUCAAAAGUCUUAUGUGCCAAUGACCAAAGAUAUUCAUGAUAAAAUCUUGAAUGGUCAGUUAAAAUUAUAAUUUUCCUUCAAGUGUCUGUGAAGCAUACCAUUCCCUCUCACUGAAAUACUGGAUACUGUGAUGUAAACAUUUCAGCAGAUUAAAAACAUGUUAUCUAUGCUUUAUUGAAUUUUUAAAGGGGUUAUCCAAUUUCUCAAACAGCCCCGCACUCAUGUGCCGGGCCCCUCACAGGUAAU